CUAAAAUUUCAGACAUCUUAAUCCUUGAUAUUCCCGUUCCAAUUCUCCUUCCCGAUCCCGUUGUAAAAGAAAGAAAACCUUGUUAUACCCUCUCAAUAUUGGAGAUGCUUAUUGAUUAUGAGAUUCGUUUAGCACGAAGGAGGAUGUGUAGGACUAAUUCUACAUUAAAAUUUUCACUUCCCAAUAGGCGCAUCAACAAAUCAAUCGCAGAACAGGGAAUAUGGGGUUUAAAUGGUCCAGAGUUUGAUGCAUCCGAUCCGUACUUGAACCAACCGCUCGCCACAAGUUCUGAUUUGCUGGAUCAUGAAGAGGAAGUCACUUCUAUGGACAUGGAACUGUUCCAGGCAACAACUUCCGAUGUCAAUGACUUCAUUGUUGUCCUUGAAAGGGUAUCAAGGCGUAUGGAUCGAACUUGUUCUGACAUUUUUGAGAGCUUAUGUAUCUCAGGCAAUACACUGCUUCAUAAAGCGGCAAGCUAUAGAAAUGUAGAGAUUGUAAAGCUGAUAGCUGAUCAAUCUCCAUCCAUCCUGACCAACAUGAACUCUGAAAAUGGCGAUACGGCUUUGCAUCUUGCUGCCAAAGCUGGACAUCUUGACAUAGUAUCAACUCUCAUCGAGUAUGAUAAUCGGAAUUAUGGUGGAGGAAGAGGGACGGAUUCAGAGCUGGGUCAGGACAACAGUUUACUUAGGAUGGAUAAUAACGACGGAAACACCGCCUUGCACGUGGCCUUGAUCAAUGGACACCAAGAUGUGGCUCAACUUCUGAGUAAUCAAGAUCCUGAAGUUUCCUUCUACUUAAACAAAGAUGGCAAGUGCCCUUUAUAUCUUGCCGCUGAAGCUGGGUUUAUGCAGUGUGUUGCUGCCAUGUUGGCUAAUUGGCCUUUUACCGUUAGCGAAGAUCGUAUACAGCCUUUCAUUAAUCCAGAUCAAAGCCCUAAACCCAAGUCUCCAACACAUGUUGCAAUGCAAAGGGAGCACAUAGAGAUCCUGGAUUACAUGCUGAACAAGGAGCCAAACUUUAUUUAUUUAACGGAUGAAGGGGGGAGAAAUUUAAUCCACUAUGCAGCAUGGAGUGGUUAUCUUCAAGGUGUCCAAUACUUGCUAAGCAAAUACCCAGCCUGUGCUUCCCAAAGGGACAAAAAAGGAUUAUUUCCUAUCCAUAUGGCAUCCAUGAAAGGUCAUGUCAAUGUGAUCCAGGAACUGAUACCUUAUUGCUCGUAUCCUGUUGAGAUGCUUUGCCACAACAACUGGAACAUCCUUCAUGUAGCUGCCAUGAAUGGAAGACUCAAUGUAGUUCGCUACAUAAUCGAUAUUCUUGAAACAUCGCAGCUGGAGAGCCUAAAAACCCAGAAGGAUACUUAUGGGAACACACCCCUGGACUUGGCCAUUCGUUACAGGCGUACCAAAAUCGUCCAUCUUCUUAGGGCCAGUGAAGCUAGAGUUUCAACUGUUGGUGCUGCAGAUCAGAAACCCAUGGAAAUGCAGGACGCAGAGGAAGAUGUUGAAAUGGGUAUGUAUUCGACCAGUGGGGAGACAGAAAGGCGAAUGGAAAGUAGAGAUUUUGCAGGAACCAAACAGUCCAUUAUAAGAAAUAUGCAGAGUUCACAUUCCAAUAUUCAGUUAGGAAAACAGAAGGUAGACUGGAAUCCUUCCAAACCAGUCUCCAACUUCGACAACAAUGCAUCAGCCUCGACCUUCGAGUUUGCCGCACAAGAUGAUGAAUCAGGAAGAGUUGCUAAGGAGAAGAACCGGAAAAUCGAAAGUGAAAACUGGAGCACUACUUCUGGAAAUAUCCCAACUUGGGGCUCUUCCAAAACACCUUCUGCAGAGAAUUUCCAAAACUCGAAUCCCUGGCGUUCAAUUUUUCAUCCAUCCAGUAAAGAGUCAGCCUCAAAGUUCAACGGACGGUCAUCUCCCAGUUUAGUUGUUAAGCCUAGAGAAGAAGAAGCUAAAUAUAUGGACAUUGAAAUGUACCAAGCUGCUACGAAGAACGAUGUGGUUGCAUUCAAUGAUGUCCUGAAGAAAGUAUGUGGGAGAAAGAAUCUAACUGUAUCUGACAUUCUUCAGAGUGUAAGCCCCUCCAGCAAUACACUGCUUCAUGUAGCCGCAAGCCAUGGAAAUGCAGACAUUGUAACAAUGCUGACAGGUGAUGAUUAUCCAGACAUUCUCAAGAAAACCAACUCAAAAGGUGAUACGGCUCUACAUGUUGCUGCCAAAGCUGGACAUAAUACUAUUGUUGAAACGCUCAUCCAACAAAUUAACAAAAGGAAAGAACUCAUUCAUGAUCAAACAAAGAAUCAGCAUCUGUCUUCUGGUCAGGAUAGUUGUCCAGUAAGAAUACCUAAUAAGCAGGGGAACACUGCUUUGCAUGAGGCAUUGAUAAAUGGCCACGAACCUGUGGCUCAGUCUUUGCUCAAGGGUGACAGUGAAGUCGUCUUCUUUCUAAACAAAAAAGGUGAGUCCCCAUUAUAUCUCGCGGCUGAAGCUGGGUAUAUGUCAUGUAUUAGAACUAUGUUGGAGUCUCGGCCUCGUUCAGGAACAGGAGAUCCUUUAUCUAAUGCUGAGGUGCUGGCCAAGUCACUGAAUCACACUGCUGUUCUUAAUGCUGCCAACAAAAAGAGGAAAACAGGUAAUCCCAAUCAUAACCAGAUUUCUUCUUCUGCCUUUGCUAGGAAUGCAGUGUUGAAUUCAAAGUCACCAAUUCAUGCCGCUGUUGUGAAUGCUGCCACCAAUAGGAGAGAAACAGUGCCAGAUAUCCUGAAGUACAUGCUGAAAAUGGUACCGCCUAUCAUCGAUUUAAGGGAUGACGCUGGGAGAACUGCACUUCACUGUGCAGCGUGUCUUGGUUAUGUUGAGGCUGUCAAAUUUUUUCUCGGAGAAAAUGAUCAUAUUGCUACUCAAAGGGACAACAAUGGGUUCUUUCCACUCCAUAUAGCGGCUAUAAAAGGCCAUGUUGAUGUGAUUAGAGAGCUUCUAAAAUUUUGUCCAGAUCCUGCAGAGAUGCUUACCUAUAAUGAGCAGAACAUUCUUCAUGUUGCUGCAAAGAACGGAAGAGUCAAAGUAGUCCGCUACGUUCUUGAAACCUCAGAGCUCGGUAGCUCAAUAAACCAGAAGGACAAGAAUGGGAAUACACCCUUGCAUUUGGCCACCCUGCACUGGCAUCCCAAAGUGGUCAGUGUUCUAAUAUGGGAUAAGAGAGUGGAUCUUAAAUUGACCAACAAUGAAGGCUUCACAGCCUUGGAUGCUUCAUAUGCGUACAUCGGCGAAAUGCCCUCCUUCAGGAAGCGACUAACUUGUAUGGCAUUAAAGGAGUCAGGAGCACCACGAGCUCCAAGGUGGAAUGUAAUUGAAGAAAGUGAAGAGAUUUAUACAAAGAAUGACCAGAGACAGCCACCCAAGAUUGAUGGUGUUAAGGACAGAGUAAACACUCUUAUACUGGUUGCAACGCUUGUUGCCACCGUAACAUUUGCUGCAGGAUUCACAAUGCCUGGUGGAUACAACUCGGAUCUAGAUAAGGGCAUGGCAACUAUGCUGAGACGCAGCAUGUUUCACAUGUUCAUUUUCUGUGACACAAUAGCUAUGUAUAGCUCCAUCACCGUUGUUGUUGCCCUCAUUUGGGGGCAACUGGAUGAUCUGCGUUUGUCAGUCAAUGCCCUUAAACUUUCUAUGCCAUUGCUGGGAGUUGCGAUAGCUUCGAUGUCCUUGACAUUCAUGUCUGGUGUUUAUAUUGUAGUUAGCAGACUCAAUUGGCUUGCCAAUGCUGUUCUGAUUGUGGGUUCACUCUUCCUUGUGGUUCUGUUCAUGCUGUUCUAUCCUCUGUUUCCUAAAGUUUCUUCACGUCACGUCAUCCUUCGCUACCUGUUCUACUACACCUUUUGUCUACUGCUAUUUGCUACUGGGAAUGGAAAUACUGCCAAUUAUUGAGACGAGUAAUUGGCUAUGGUUGUGCGUCAUUUGUUUUGUAUUAAUAGAACUAAAUCUGUGUUAAAAUGAAAGAGUUAUCUGUAGAGAUUUCAUAAACACAAAUCUCUCAAUUAUUGGAAUUUGUUAACAUUUGAUAUCGUUCACUUAAUUUUAUUUUCUGAAGAUUCUGAGCUUGAAACAAA